CCUUGAAUAAUCUAAAUACUCUACAAAAAAUAAAAAAAAACAAAUUAAAAAAAAGACCCAAAGCAGUUAUCAAUAGUAGGUCAACCCUAUCUAAAGCCAGGUUGUUCAUCUGCUUGGAAUUCAUGCUUCCCUUUUUCUCUCUCUUUUUCCUCUUUCUCCGAUCUCCUGUCCACGGUUAUCCCCCACCUCCUACCACAGCUUUAUCUCCAUUUUUCCAACAUCCAGAACCCCAGUCUGUGCAAGAAAAUGGCAUGGCUCGUUUUGAGUGUCGGAUCAAGGGUUUGCCUGCUCCAGUCAUAACUUGGCAGAAGGACAAGGAGGCGGUGCCUUCGGAACCAAGGUUCAUUGUCCUUCCAAGUGGUGUCCUUCAGAUCACAGAUGUUCAAGAGGGGGAUGCUGGAGCCUAUCGUUGUGUGGUGACCCAUGCAGCAGGAAGACGCUACAGCCUUAAUGCCCCCCUCACUCUCUUGAAAGGUCCCCAACAACCAACGAUGGGUGAUGUGGUCAUUGUCACUGCGCCAGAGAAUGCUACAGUGGUGGUUGGUGAGACUGUUGUAAUGGAGUGUGUCGCAUCGGCAAAUCCCACCCCUUUCAUCUCUUGGAUACGGGAAGAUGGGAAUCCCAUUUCUACGGAUGUGAUCGUGUUAGGACGGACCAACCUCGUGAUCAUUUCUGUUCAGCUUCAUCACGCAGGAGUCUAUGUAUGCCGGGCCAACAAACCCCAAACCAGACAGUUUGUAACAGCUGCAGCUGAACUCCGAGUCCUUGCUCCUCCUACCAUCUCCCAGGCACCUGACACCAUUUCUCGCACCCGGGCCAGCACUGCCAGGUUUGUCUGCAAAGCGGAAGGAGAGCCGCUGCCCACCGUCCACUGGACGAGGAAUGGAAAGCGACUUCUGCCUAAAGGACGGGUUAAAAUCCAGGGCAGCGGUACCCUAGUCAUCAAUCAGAUUGGCUUGGAUGAUGCAGGCUACUACCAGUGCGUGGCUGAAAAUCCCCUGGGCAUGGCCUGUGCUACAGCCAAGUUGGAGGUGAUUGUACGGGAAGGUCUGCCUAGCCCUCCGAAGAGAGUAUUGGCGAGUUCUCUCUCCAGCACCGCCGUCUUGGUAUCCUGGGAACGGCCCGAGUCCAACAGUGAGCAGAUCAUUGGAUUCUCUCUUCAUUACCAAAAAGCCUUGGGUGCUGACAACGUGGAAUACCAGUUUGCGGUGAAUAAUGACACCACGGAGUUUUCGGUGAAAGACCUGGAGCCCAACACCAACUAUAUCUUCUACGUGGUGGCCUAUUCCCAGCUUGGAGCGAGCCGGACCUCCCCAUCCAUAAACGUGCAGACCUUGGAAGAAGUUCCUGGUGGAGCCCCUCAGCUUUCCCUUUCCAGUACAACUCCAACUGACAUCAAGGUGACAUGGCUGCCUCUCCCUUCAGAACUGACCAACGGAAAGAUCAUUAAGUACAAAAUUGAGUAUGCUCCUCUCAAAGAAGAUUUGAUUUCUUCAACUGAGCUCAGUGGGAAUGAAACACAGCUAGUGCUUCAUGGAUUACAGCCAAAUAAAGUCUACAAAGUUCGGAUUGCAGCAAGCACCAGUGUGGGCUAUGGGGCUCCAUCAGAAUGGACGCCGCAUCGCACUCCAAAUCGGGACAACCAAACCCAUGUUCCCUUUGCCCCGACUGAGUUAAUGGUCCAAGCCAAAAUGGACUCGCUGUUGAUAACUUGGCAGCCUCCACCCAACCAAGGCCAAAUUUCGGGCUACAAGCUGUAUUACCGAGAAAUACCCACUGAGGAGCCCCCCAUGGAGAUCCCUUCAGAAGGCCCAGGGAACCGUCUUUGGAAUGUCGGACCCAUAAAACUGAAGAAGAAAGUGAAGCAACAUGAACUGACACAAUUAGUCCCUGGGCAGCUUUAUGAAAUCAAGCUGGUAGCUUUCAACAAACAGGAAGAUGGCUAUGCAGCAGUGUGGAAAGGCAGGACCGAGCGAGCACCAGUAACCGCAGCUGAUCUUCCAGUUCAGAAAGGUCCCCCACCACCUCCUGGCCAUCUCCAUGUUGAUUCCAAUAGUUCCACAACAAUUUGGUUGCGGUGGAAGAAACCCGACUUCACCACCAUGAAGAUUGUCAACUACACAGUCCGUUUCAGCCCCUGGGGGUUAAAGAAUGCCUCGCUUGUGAUGUAUUACACAAGCUCUAAAGAAGAUGUUCUUAUUAGCGGACUGAAACCCUUCACAAGAUAUGAGUUUGCAGUGCAGUCCAAUGGUGUUGGGAUGGACAGUCCGUUUGGAAAUGUGGUGGAGUGCUUCACCCUCCCAGACAGGCCCUCGACUCCCCCCUCUGACCUGCGACUACACCCUAUCAAUCCAUACGCGGUCCAGCUUCACUGGUGUCCCCCCUUGGAACCGAAUGGCAUCAUUGUGGAAUAUGUCAUCCUCUACAAUGCCAACUGCACCCAGCCGGAUGAGAUGUGGACUCUGUUGACCAAAGAGGGCAGUACUUUCAGCGCUGAAGUUAACGGACUGGAGAGUGACACCAGAUAUUUCUUCAAGAUGGGAGCCAAGACAGUCGUAGGAUUGGGACCCUACUCUAGUGUGAAAGAUGUGCAGACCUUGCGGGAGGGACUCACAGAUAUCUUAGUUCAUUCUGUCACCGGGGUCACGGUAGCAAUUUGCCUGCUUUGUAUUGUCUUCUGUGCCUGCGCCAGCUUUCGCAACAAUAACCUGAGGAAAUCUGUGCCUGGUUUGGAUUCCCAAGUUCCAGGAAGCCAUAUGUAUCACCACCGGAACCGACAGGCAGCAGAGCCCCUAUCGGUGAUCCCAUCAACUUCUCAUGAAAUGGAGUCCCUCAUGGCUCCCCUCUCAGAUGGUGCCCCCUCACCUCCGAGUGAUUCUGCAGAGCUGACUGAAGCCCAUGGUCUCAUCCGUGCUAGUCCUCUGGAGGACAAUGUGGGCCACAUUCCAAUAAAGCCUCCGCGGGGGAAAUCUCUGAACAGCUGGACAAGCGGCAUCGCUGGCUAUGGAGUCUCAAUUCCAAAAGAGCCCACCAUGGCUUUGAAUGGAUCACUGAAGAUGGUCUCCAAUGGAGGACAGAAGCUCUUGUUGCAAGCUCUGGUUUACGAGGUUAUCACGAAUGAAGCAAAAAAGGAGCACCCACCCAGUAGCCUCAAUCAACUGGAAGCUGAGGUCAUUGUCCAUUCGGAUUUCUUAGCCUCCAACCGAGAUUGUGGUUCCCAACUCCACAUGCUGGACCUGGAACGGACUCCCUGUGAGGAUGGUGAGCCAGAAUCAUUCCCUAUAGAAGAUCUACCUGAACAGGUUUCUUAUACCUCCUCUCAGCAGGAUCUCAGUGUUAUAUCCCGGGACCAAGAUGACCAGAGUGAGCCUGAAGCAGCUGAUACGUUGCUAAAGAUCAAGAAAGAGGCUCGCCAAAGAGCUUCCAAAUCACAUGGAACAGAUGGAGGGCUCCCCCAAUCUGGAGGGAGUGGGGACUCUGAAUCAUCUCACAAAGGGGAAGUGGACACACAGCCCAUCUUGUGUGAUGCUCUUCCCAUGGCCCAACCACAAGGCCUUCUGUAUGGUGGCCUCGCUAGUAUAACUGACUCGCCUUUGGGGUUUGAAAAUGCAGCAUGUGUCCACCACCUUUGAUGAGAGCUUUGAUUAAAUUCUCAGCCAUGGCAGAGCUAGGAGAAAUGUAAUAGCUAUUAAGACUUAGGCCUUCAUGGCACUAAAUUGCCUCAUAACUCGCGGUUUGGAAGGGAAGAGUAUUAGCUCCCUGUGAUUUUAUAAGGAGGACCUUCCUCCCACUGAGUAUUGUGUUCCGCUCUCUCUCUCUCCUUUCUUCCCAAGCCACUUUGCAUCAGCUACUGAGAAUCGGUGAACUUCAUACCAAUCAUGAGUUAAUGUUGUGUUUCACAAGAUUCAGAAGUAGGCACCAUAAGGCCCAUAGGCCUCUUUCCAGCCCACCCACUACAUACACCAUUUUACUACCAGGCUGCAGCUGUCACAUAACCAGUUGCUUUGAGAGGAAGAUUGUUUCAUGAGACAUCAUGAGGUUGGUCCUGGAGCUGAUCUGCUCUUCUGAAUGGUGUAUCAGAUCUUAGGCACCAUUCUUCUACAUCUCCAAAGGGUGAAAUGAAGCAGAGAUGGAGAGCAAUAAAUCAGAUGGCCUCAGAAGAUUCCAUAGAAUCCCUUGUUCUGCUUUUGUAGGUGCUGAUGUAGGACUAAAGCCAAAGGCAUUUUUUUGCCAGCACUGUUUUACUAAAAAGAGACAUCAGUUUCCAAACACAACACAGUCCAUCAUGAACUGUGAAAAAAAUAAAUUUGCAUUAGGCUAAUAUACAUUUGUAUUUUUGCAAGGAUCUUUUGAUUAGGAUAAUUGUGAAAAUAUUUUCUUUCCCAGGUCUCAAAAACCUAUCAGUUUUGUUUGACUAAAACCAUCAAGUCAUUUUUAACUCCCUUCAAAAUCACUGCCAGUCUCUAGGCGAAGACUGUUUCCACACAAUGCACCAAGGCAAAGUAGGGUUUGUUCAUUUGUAGCUUAAGCAUGUUGAGUGACCCCCCACCCCACCCUUAUGGUGUAUAAUCCAUAGGUUAUUGCUGAAUGUGGCUUGCCAACCUAGCUAGUUUAGUUAGCAAACUCUGAUAAAGAAUAACUUGGCUGAGCAUGUUGUGUGAACUCAGACACUGAAUCAGAGGGAUAUUCUCAAUUGCCUGGCUGUGAUUUUCUUUCCUAUUAGCUUCGAGAUGGUUAGAGGUUUAGCUGAACACUCAGUAAAUACAUCAAUCUUGUCAGCUUCCUACUAGCAUGUUCUGGCACUGUGGGUUUGAUGCAAAGUGUUGGCUAGUGUAAAUCACAUCAGGACAACCUGCAGAUGUAUUUUGCAUCAGAUGUGCGUUAGUCUCCCAGAGAUGCCUGAGAGAUGGACUGUGACUAGGAAAUGUGUCAUGCAACCACUGUGUUUGUACCUUAGCUCCAACAAGAAAAGAACUGAAGGCUUUCUUUAUGAUUUGGUCUCAUUUUUUGGCCAGUGUUCCCCUCUAAUCAGAACUGCUAAGUUAUGAAAAGUAGCAUUAGUGCUGCAUUGAAAAACCUUCAGCCCAAUGGCAUUCUCUUGAAGUAAGCAUGAUGUGGAACAUAAUUUACAUUCCCCCCAAUUCUGAAGGUGGACCAUUUUGUAUGAACCAACUUUCAGUGAUGAGGUUUUUAAAAAUGAUACAUGGUUUAGAUUCAGGAACAAUGCAGUGGACUGUCUCUAUUUGUCCUAGACUUGAAGACCCCACUACUGAUACUUUUCUUGUAAUGUAUAACCCAUUGUGUAAAUCCAUUCCCCAGAGAUUAGCAGAGAGUCCUCAGCUGGGGAGAUCACCAAGGUCUUAGAGCAAUCUUGCAGUGGCUGCCGGAAAAUGUGGACGUUGUAAUCUUUAUGAGUAGUAUGAACCUACUCAUUUGGUUGAUUUUAUUAUCCAUGGUUAAAGAAACAUGGCUGAGGAUGAUGCAAGAACCACAGGUUUUCCUCCAUCAUCUGGUUAAGAAGAUUUGACCUUCAUGGAAGUUCCUUGUUGUUGUGGCUUCAGUCUGCAAGACACUGAAACAAUUAACCUGCUUAGGCUUUGAGAUAGGCCUGGAGCACACCAUACACUAAGCCAAAAUCAAACUAUCUGAAUUAGCCACGUAUGUUCAGCCAGCCACUUGGUUUGUAAAUCAUGCUUUAUAACCAGCCUCUUUUUCCAAAGCCAACCACUUGUGGAUUCUUCCUUACACCAUGGUGAAGCAAGCUUUGGUGGAUCUUGCAAACCUAGCCUUAUCAUUGUGGUCCGAAAUGGAUUGGACCCUCUCAGACUGAGGGCUGUUGAAGAUUAGCCCUCUUUCUGUGGAAUCUUUUGAAGAACUAGACUCAGCCAUGUUUGUGGAGAUUCUCAGUCAUCCAGGUCAUAGUUGUCUCAAAGGUGCUUUUCUAAAAGGCAACUCAACUGUUUUUUCCUUGAGGAAGAAGAAGAAAACAUUUUGCUUUCCUCCAAGAAGCUUCAUCGGUUCUGGCAGGGUGGUGGGGGCUAUGGAGGGAUUCAACCAUGGUUUUCCAUUCUGAUGCAACCCAUUUUCUCAACCCCGGUGGUUCCUUUCUUGAAAUGCAGCAUUUGUUUUUUUAAAAAAAAGUGGUGUUGGCUUUUCCCCUCAUGUCUUUGGGGUUUUUUGUCACAGAUCUUCCUUCCGUGGCGUAACAUGACUCUUUUGUAAAGUAGGCGCUGCAGUUUCUUAUUACACACUCUGCAAGUGCUUCUAACAGCUUGUUACUGAAAACUUGAGAAGUUUCUUCAGCCUCCAGGGUUGCCUCACCAAUCUGUGCAUUUAGGUUAAGAGGCUAUUGGGGACUUUCCCCCACACCAGCCCCAUUGAAGUGGCUGGGAUCUACGCAGGAUUCCCAUUCUUUGCAUUCAAUUCGCAGGAGACGUUUCUGCCAACUUAGGCCUCUGAAUUCUUGUACCUAAUAUUUUAGGUAUUGGAUCUGUCUCUUCCCUCCUUUUUUAACGUAUGACAGUGUAUUUUUUAAUUUCUUCAGAGCACCUUUAUAUUAUUUAAUUUUGUAUAAAAGAGAGGAAAAAAAUAAUAGUGUGUGUGUGUUCUAGCGUAGCCUCUUUACACCUCUUCUCUACUGUGUCUUCCCCCUUCCCCUUAACACAACUACCUCAUGCUGGUGUUUUUUUGUUUGUUUGUUUUUUAAAUGAAAAUAAAGCAGUAGAUUUUGCUCUUUGGUCACACUUUCUUCUUUCUUUUUGUCUCCUGCUUUAAACGUCUGUAGAAUUCACUGACACAGGUGAUGAUAAAUGUCGCUAAACAAUAUCAGAAAUGGCCUGGUUUUUGUUGUUGUUGUUGUUUUUUAAAAAAGAACACAUAAUGAUCGAAACAUAGUUAAUAGCAACACAUUUAGAUUGCAGGGAGAUGUUUUGUGACUUUGGAGGGUCCAGCAACACUUUCUCCAGCAGAGCCAGGUUGAGGCCAAAAUGCCCUAAGCACAGCCCAAGAAUAGUGUCCCUUGAUCUUUCCAUUUAUUAAGGACCAGACAUUAAAGCUCAAUAAAGGCUGAGAAUAAAGAAAUAGUUGAGGGCGUGAUAGCUAGAAACUCUGUGGUGCACCCAUCCCUUGAGGCCCUAAAUAUGUUCCUUAACGGUUCAUCCAAGGUUGCCUUCAUCUUAGGAAAAAAGAGAAUUGGGCAUUAGGUUGGUUCAGGGGUAGGCAACCUUGACUCUUUUAUCCCUGAGCGUAGCUGGCUCAGGAAUUCUGGGAGAUGAAGUGCAUGAGUCAUAAAAGAGCCAAGAUUGCCUACCCUGGUUGAUACAAUAAGAUAAAUCCAAUUCAAUACACCAAGAUAAAUCCAAUUGGAGGUGAUAUCCCUGCCCCAAGACCAUUACUCCAAAUUUCAGCCAAAUCACCUUUAGAUCCAAAGCUAAGUGCCAGAGGCCUUGCUCAAGAGUUGGCCAUUAAAUUCCAUCAAGGUGUGUGUGUGUGUAUGUGCAUAAGAUCAUAGUUUUUAAAAUGUGCCAUAAUGAUCUGAAUGCAUUAAUAGACAUAAGGGCUCUUGUUAUUUCGGUGGGCUUAAGGACAAGUUUAUUGUAGGAAGCGAAGUGCAUUUCAUCAUAAAACUCAGAAGUCUACUAUCACUUUGUCAGACCGACACAUUUUAUUUUGAAUGGAGCUAACAGAAGCUAAUGCCUUUUAAUAAAUUCAGAGCAUAUGAAAAGGUGUCAGCAAAAGCCCCAUUUUAAUCAUUAAUAUUUUAUUUCUGCUUUUCCUCCGCCUUUCAAAAAAUUAAAGUCAUCUGAAGAGACUGCCACUUUUCACUCAUUUCUGUUAUAGAUUGUUUUGUUUUGUUUUGCUUUUUGAUUGAGAAAAUUUAACAUUGGACAAAUGUUUAAAAAGUAGAGAACAAGAAAUCAUAUACCCUGAAUAAAAACAAAUGGUAAAAAUAAUGUUUAAAAUGUAUGGAGAUUUCCACAAAUGUAAAUAUGGAUACAUCUGUUAUGUUAAAAAGAAAUACAACUUCUUUAAUAUCCAUAUUCAACAUUUCUACUCAGGAUAGCUUUUGCACAACAAAAAUCUCUUGGGGGAAAAAUGCUGACUGCAUUUGAAUAAAUCAUGGAUGUUUAAAGAUAUUA